UUCGAAGAUUCUCAGGAGACGGAAAUGAGCAUUGAGAGGAUUCGGUCGUUCAUCAAUUGCAAAUCUCCAGCACGACUUCUCUUCUAUUGCAAUACUUCUCCGUAAUUUGAUGAUUUACGUUUCACGAAAAGUCAGUCGGGUCAAUCGUUUGUAUCGUGCCAUCUCAUUUGGUUAUUUUCUGAAAAACUUAUUGACUCAGUUCAGCGAACCGAGUUAGCGUGGGAGUGUUAACAGUCAUCGGUGUGUUCAACCGGCGGUCGGCCAGAAUAAACACGGUUUACUUAGUGGGCAUUAUAUCUAUCUACUACGCCAAGUAGUUUUAAAUUAGUCGCAAUCGUAGAUCUAGACAAGCAUACGCGCAGUUACAACCAUGCACACAUCUCUGCAUGUGACGAAAGUUUUUCCGAGUUCGAAGUCAUAUUCAGUAAUUACUUUUAUCGUGGAAGGUCAUUAGCGUCGUUAUCUCUAUUUUGUUCGGUGUGUCGGCUCCUUGAUAAUGAUGAAUGCCGUCACUUUACGUACCCACGUGUAGCGCUUUAUUUUGGAAAAAAAAUCCGGAUUUUGAGAAGUUCAUGCGUCUAAUGAUGCAAGCGUCAAUUGAUCUUCAAUGUUAACGAAUCACGAAAGACUAAAAAGAACAAUCCAAAUCACAUCAAAAGGCCAAUGAAUGCAUUUAUGGUAUGGUCACAAAUAGAACGUAAAAAGAUAUGCGAAAUGCAGCCAGAUAUGCAUAACGCUGAGAUAUCAAAGCGACUGGGACGUCGCUGGAAGUUGCUCAGUGAAAAGGACCGUCUACCUUUCAUCGAAGAGGCUGAAAGGUUGCGAUUGCUUCAUCAAAAAGAAUAUCCAGAUUACAAAUACCGUCCGAGAAAAAAGACGGCGAAACCGUCCCCCAAGGCCUCGUCCAGUAAAAGAACUAAAAAGAGCACUUCCAAAUUACAAAAGAACGACAACAACAACAACAACAAUCACUCAUUGACGGAAAAAAGAUCGUACACUACAUUAAGGCGUAGCAGUUCUGAUUUGACGUCGAAAUUAAAAGUCCGAUUUGGCUUACAAAAAGAACAGCAGCCUGUAAUUAAACCAACGACAGCCUUAUCCAUACCUUCCACAAAUUUCCUGACACCGGCCAAGGUUCCGUGCAGUCCGUCAUGUGACACUCCCGACUCUCCCGAAAGUGCAUCACUUUACGACGAGCACCUCCUUAUGGACGCUGACGUAAGCAGGAUUCCGUCGUAUAUUAAAGAAGAGCCGGACGAUAGACUAGUGCAAGAUACUUCGUUAGACGAUUUGGAUAAAAUUACUGAUCUCUUACAAGUUGACGGCUUCAAUUUGGAGUCCCUGUCGGGAUUCGGAUGCGAUGCGUUUGAAACGGCUUCGAACAGUUCUGGGUCGCAUUUAGAUUUCUCAUGUCCCCCCGAAUUAACAUUCGACCUGACCGGAAUGGGCGGUAGUGUCUGGCACGACCAGACUUUGUUUUAAAAAAAAAAUUGUUAAAAUUUGAAUAAGACUGUUGAAUUUAGAUACGGCGAGUGCCGUUUUGUAUGUGCAGCCAUGGAAAAAAAUGGUGCUGUGUUGUUCACUUUUCGAGUACAGCUAUCGUUCAGUCGGUCAUGGCUGCCGUUGUAUAGAAAAACAAAUUUAUUGUUAUCAACCCCCUUUAUUGAUCUCAUUUUGUGUUUUUUGUAUUUAUCUCUAUCAUUAUAGUGCAGUUAAUAAUCAGUUUUAGUAUCAUACGUAUUAUACAUAUAGUUUCGGAUUCAACCAGCUGCUAGUGCCUAGCUCUCAUUACGUUCUCUUGGACCGUGGUUGACCGAUGUUAAUUUUGACACAACAUGUUCCACCCUAACCUUACUUGGAAGGGACACAAAAUCAGGCUGUGAUUCAUCUUUUUGAUGACCAAUAUUUAGUUGUGAGUCCGUAGUCAGAAGUUUUAUUCUUACACUUCAGUCCCAAUGUUGCUUUUGGCGUUUUGACGCUAAGGGCUCGUUCACCAUAUAAUUACUACGAUAAGUAAUAUUUUCAGAAAAAAUAUUACUGCCAAAAACGGAUUUGUAAGCAGCUUCGUUCGUUUCUAAGCUGGAUGGAUAUUUUUAUAUUGUUGUCAAAAUUUAUUAAGUACUUAAUUUAAGAAUUUUAACUCUCAAGGCUGAAGGUUUAUGAAAGCUAGGAUCAUCCCCUUCUCGCACGUCCACCUCUUGGGCUCUGAUUAUGGAGAAAACUUAAUUACAACUCCGUUUCUUUUGUGAAUAAGUAUUAUUCGACGAAUUGUUCACUGUUGUCUUAGUCAAAGUUAGAGUUCAGGAAGGUGGAAAUUUGAGAACAUUUGCCAUGAGAAUGAGUGGUUUGUUGGUAUAGACCGUUGAUAUUUUAAUAUAUCCAAAUAGUCUAGGAGUUAUUGUCUAUCCUGCUACAAAUUGGAUAUUUGGUUAUAUUCUUGUUACGCAGUGUUAAUCGUGUAAAUAUUGUUUAUAUUUGUCGGUAUUCUUUUUAAGCCGCCCAGCUCCCCGAGCGGUAAGACGAAGGUAAAGUACUUGUACCAAACAUAAUGCUAGUUAGAUUGGACGUAAAAUAAAAGUCAAUGCACAAACAUAUUAAUGGAAAUAAAAUGCGACAUUAAUGUUUUUAAAAAUUUUUUACUAGAUUAGCAAAUAAUGAUAUUCUUAUAUUCAUAUGAUAUCAGAACGUCUAGCAUCUCAAUGUGCUUUCAGUGUGGUAGUUUGUGAUUUGGGCUUGAUUUAACGAGAGACUACAUUUAAUUUGACGAAUUUUGAAACUACGAUCCCUGCCUGGUACAUGAUGGAUAUAAUAAAUAUUAUCAGUGUAUUUUUGUAUUUCUGGUCAGAAUUGUGAACUUUCCGCCACUUAACAAACAACAAGCAGACAGUCAAUUUUCUGCAAUUCAAUGGCUCAAAGAUGUUUUGCAAUUGUUACUAUAGGACGUGUACAUAUACUUGUAUAAAGUUGCUCAUGUAAAAAUUAUAUUGUUUUGUUAUAUUGUAAUCAUAAUAUACCUAAUCGGUAAAAUGCAAGUUUCCAUUUUUUCUAAAUUUUAUUUUUAUUAAUAUCUUUGUGUUUUAUAACGACAAAAUUAAAAAAAAAACAGUAAUUCUGACUAUAAUUGCACGUAAGUAGAUUUACAAAAAGAAACAUUAACAGUAAUGUAAACCUUAAGCAGCGUAUAAAACGUAUUUCAAAAUAUUUUAUCUUCUCAAAAAAAGAAAAAAACCUGCGUGAGAAUUACUGUUCGAUACAUUUCGUCUUUUUUUUUUUAAUUUUUACGUACUUAUUAUCUACUUUACAAAACACUUACGCGUUUAUUUAUUAGUUAAUAUAAACCAUGUUUUUAUAUUGAUAACGGUCCAGCAAAUUAUAAUUAUAAUGUUUGAGCACAUAAGAAAAAACAGGAAUUAAUAAACGAAUAUGAAUUUAGCAAUAUACUUGAGAUGAUAAUGACUUAUUUGUAAAUCCUAUGUAAUAUAUUCAUAUUAUAUAUUUGAAGUUGCUGAAGAUUACAGUGUGUACAUUUUGUAUUGUAGUUGCUGUUUAUAACUAUAUUAUUACAUGGCCAAUAAAUUGAUUUUUCAAA